GUUACGUCGCCGCCAUUUUGUUUCACCGGGAGUAAAGAAACCCACCCUGUAAAGCACCGGGCGCGGGUCUUCCCUUUUAUUUGGACUCCUUCGACGCGGCGGAUCGGCACCGUGACCCAGGUUCAGCGUCGCACGAUGUCUGCAGACAUGGCCAUGGAACAGGUAAACGGGAACGGCCCGGAGGAACCCAUUGACACCCCGGAGGUGAGCCGCUCCGAACACUUCGCAGCUCUGCUGGAGGCCGGCCUCCCUCAGAACGUGGCCGAGAAGCUGGACGAGCUCUACGUAGCAGGCCUCGUAGCUCACAGCGACCUCGACGAAAGAGCUCUUGAAGCUUUGAAAGAGUUCAAUGAGGAGGGAGCCCUGCAGGUGCUGGUCCAGUUCAAAGAGAGCGAUCUGUCACACGUGCAAAACAAAAGUGCCUUUCUCUGUGGGGUGAUGAAGACUUACAGGCAGAGGGAGAAACAAGGGACCAAAGUUUCAGAUUCCACGAAAGGACCAGAUGAGGCCAAAAUCAAGGAGCUCCUGGACAGAACAGACUACACACUCGACGUAACAACGGGCCAACGGAAGUAUGGCGGACCCCCGCCGGAGCCGGUGUACUCGGGGGCCCAACCCAACGUGGGAACAGAGAUAUUUAUCGGGAAGAUUCCCCGCGACUUGUUUGAAGAUGAACUGGUCCCUCUCUUUGAGAAGGCCGGGCCCAUCUGGGACCUGAGGCUAAUGAUGGACCCGCUGAGCGGCCUGAACAGGGGCUACGCUUUCGUCACCUUCUGCACGAAGGAAGCGGCCCAGGAGGCGGUGAAGCUGUGCAAUAAUCACGAGAUUCGCCCCAACAAGCACAUCGGGGUGUGUAUAUCCGUCGCCAACAACCGGCUAUUCGUUGGCUCCAUUCCCAAGAGUAAAACAAAGGAGCAGAUUGUUGAGGAGUUUGCUAAAGUCACAGAGGGCCUCAGUGACGUCAUACUGUACCAUCAACCCGAUGACAAGAAGAAGAACCGGGGCUUCUGCUUCCUGGAGUACGAAGACCACAAGACGGCCGCUCAGGCACGCCGCCGGCUGAUGAGCGGCAAGGUGAAGGUCUGGGGCAACGUGGUGACGGUGGAGUGGGCCGACCCCAUCGAGGACCCCGACCCGGAGGUCAUGGCCAAGGUGAAGGUUUUAUUUGUGAGAAACCUCGCCAACGGCGUCACGGAGGAGCUCCUGGAGACGUCCUUCAGCGAGUUUGGAAAACUGGAGCGGGUCAAGAAGCUAAAAGACUACGCCUUCAUUCACUUUGAAGAGCGGGACGGUGCAGUGAAGGCGUUGGAUGAAAUGAACGGGAAGGAGCUGGAGGGAGAGCCGAUCGAGAUCGUUUUCGCCAAGCCGCCCGAUCAGAAACGGAAGGAGCGCAAAGCGCAGAGACAAGCUGCGAAGACCGUGAUGUACGAUGACUAUUACUACUACUCCCCUCCCUCCCACAUGCCGCCUCCAGGCAGAGGCCGGGGCAGAGGCGGCAACCGGGGCGGCUACGGCGCCUACCCCCCCGACUACUACGGAUACGAGGACUACUACGACUACUACGGCUACGACUAUCACAACUACCGCGGCGGCUACGACGACCCCUACUACGGCUACGAUGACUUCCAGGCCCCGAGCCGAGGACGCGGCGGCAGCCGGGGCUCCCGGGGCGGAUCCUCUCCGGCGUCCAGGGGACGCGGCGGCGGCGGCGGCGCACCCAGAGGGAGGGCCGGCUUCUACCAGCGGGGCGGGCCCGGACCGGGCCGCGGCGGGCGGGGAGCGAGAGGAGGCCUGCCGCCGAGAGGGCGAGGAGGGGUACGUGGUGCUCGGGGUGGCCGCGGUGGAAAUGUAGGAGGAAAGCGCAAAGCUGACGGGUACAACCAGCCAGAUUCCAAGCGUCGCCAGACCAAUAAUCAGAACUGGGGCUCUCAACCCAUUGCUCAGCAACCGCUUCAAGGUGGUGAUCAUUCUGCAGGAAAAAGGGGUCGAGGCCGGUCCUGACGCGUCGCUAUGAAGACUGACUGGCGUUUGGCGCCACGCGCACCGCCGGCUGCCGAGUGGAUGGAAUGGUAAGGUCGCCUGAAGAAUGGCAUUCCAGCCCUUUUGUUUUUAUUUAAUUACUUUUAAAACAACUUGCCAUGUUAGAAGAUGAUCAGAGGAGAAAAUCUUGAGAAAAUCCCCCCACACACACACACACACACACACACAAAAAACAUGAAUGGGGGUUUCAUGAUGGACAUCCUUCUGGAAAAGUAUUUGCACCUUUUUCUUUCUUUUUUUUUUAAGUUGGGUGUGCUCUUUAAUGCAGAUGUUAAGUUUCUUGGAGUUACUACAUCGCAGUGAAGGACGAGACGGGACCUGUGGGUCUUUGGAUCCAGGAAGCGGGUUCUUUAGGAGCCUGAACCACUACGGGUCCGUUAACUACCUCCGUUUUUAAGGACUUGAGAUCUGCACCGGCAACGUCAACGCAGCACUUAAAGAGUUUUAGCUACUCGGUGGAGACGCGGCGGUCAGCUGCUCCUCCUGACACGCCUCCCGACGGCGUAUCGGGGGGGGGGGAGAUGUUACGGAGCCGGAAGAGGGGGCUCAUGCUGAGAGGGGAGAGGUCAAAGUUGUAAGAAACUCCCCAGAUAAAAAGUUAAAAGGAACCACGUUACUUUUAUUUUGAAAGGUUGGCUGGACGUGGUCUCGUCACGGGCCUGCGGUGCGUUUGGUGUUUCCUGUUUGCCGCUGGCCUCGCUCUCAAAGCGGUGACGUUUAAAUCCCCACGUUCUUAAAAAUAUGUAAUCUUUAGUGAAUAUUCUGUGGGGUUUUUUCCCCCCACCUAAAUGUGUUUUUUUUUUUAAUUUUUAAUUUUAUUUACUACUUUAUUCCCAAAGAAUAUUCAAGUUUUUUUUUUCUUGUAAAUUUACUUUAAAAAAAAAAAAAAAAAAAAAAUCUAUUCUCCGAUUAUUACCCGGCUCUGUAUUUUAUAAUUGUUAUAAUAAUUUGUACCUCCCGUGGGCCUGGUACGCUGUAUUAAUACAUGAACUAAGUGGUGACGUAGUUUACGGAUUGUUUUCUGUUAUUUUUCUUGCCUGCAGACCGCAGACGUCCUUUUGUCUUCCACGAUGGGAAACUGUCUGUUUUUUUUAAUUUUAGUUUUGGUUUGUAACCGUCGGGGUGAUGGCAAAGUGACGUCUCACUCUGCACAAACAUCUGUGAUGUCCUUUUUUAAUAUAUAUUAAUAUUUUUACGCAGAUUUUGAGGAAAAAUGUAAUUGACUUCCUGGUCCCGACGAGUUUAGGAAUCCAAACUAAACGUGUCACGGUGGGGGAAACGUCUCAAACAACAACAACAACAACAACAACGACAACUUGGUUCUACAUUCCUCAUUAUCGCUGUCGACUGCCCAUCAUGCCGUUCGUGUGGUUGUGACACAUUCUGCAGAGGAAACUGUUCUCGUCACGCGGUGGACUGGAAACGGAGAAUGUUUCAGACUUUAAAGGAGCAAAUCCAUCCGAAUACAUUUCAGCUUUUUAGGGAGAAGUUACAGGCUGUUGGUGGUUGCUUUUGGUUUUGCUGUGUCAUAGUUUUUAGCAACGAUGUCAUCGCUCUCAGCGAGGGCUCGACUUUUUUUUUGUUUUGUUUUUUUGAAAAAUAAAAAAAAACCAUCAGUUCAAAUUCCCUGAAAUAUUAAACGAGUCAUUUUAAA